AUGUCGAACAGAGAAUAUCACGGAGAGGAGCACCAUCGACACACCUUUGACUCUAAACAGGGAGACAAAGAACAAGAAAGGAGAUGGAGAACAUUUAAACUGGAUUUGUGUCUGCAAGCAGCUCUACACCAACCACAAAACAUCCAGCAAACAGUGCAGAAAGUGAUCCCUUAUAAUUAUGAAGAACAGAGUGAUUUCCUGCUGGAUCUGUACUCACAUGUGAAGCAGUAUGAGAGUAACACAGGCAGGAGUGUCCUUCCAGCAUUGCUGCCAGUUUACCAGUCACUUCCUGCAGUCUGGUACAUAAAUCUCUCAGAGAGAAAAGCCUCCCUCCUCCUAGAAGUGCUGAAACUCCAAACAGAGAAGAAACCAGUGGAGCUGAGAGACUGCUCAGAUGAAGAGAGUGAAGUGAGGAAUUUCCUUCAGUGUCUGCCCUACAUCUCACACCUCAGGUUUAAAGACUUUAACACUAAACAGGGAGAGAAAGAACAAGAAAAGAGAUGGAGAACAUUUAAACUGGAUUUGUGUCUGCAAGCAGCUCUACACCAACCACAAAACAUCCAGCAAACAGUGCAGAAAGUGAUCCCUUAUAAUUAUGAAGAAGAGAGUGAUUUCCUGCUGGAUCUGUACUCACAUGUGAAGCAGUAUGAGAGUAACACAGGCAGGAGAGUCCUUCCAGCAUUGCUGCCAGUUUACCAGUCACUUCCUGAAGUCUGGUCCAUAAAUCUCUCAGAGAGAAAAGCCUCCCUCCUCCUAGAAGUGCUGAAACUCCAAACAGAGAAGAAACCAGUGGAGCUGAUAGACUGCUCAGAUGAAGAGAGUGAAGUGAGGAGUUUCCUUCAGUGUCUGCCCUACAUCUCAGAGCUCUGGUUUAAUGAGUAAGUUUUUACAGUUUUCUCAGACUUGCUUUAGUG